AUGGCUGCAGAUUUAGGAGAGCUGCUGGUCCCUUAUAUGCCCACCAUCAGAGUUCCCAGAACAGGAGACAGGGUUUUCAAGAGCGAAUGUGCCUUUUCCUACGAUUCUCCCGUAAGUGUCUCCCAGUAUUAUGGGGUGUUUGUGUGUUCCAAGCUGUCCUUACUCAUCCCGUAAGCUGCCCUAACACACGUGAAUAGCUGCGCAGUUUUGUGGCAGGAUCUGGGGCUUCCAUUGCCACCAUUCUCUUGAACUUGAGAAAAAUAAAUAAUGAAAUGUUGUUUACAUCCCGUGGAAUGGUAUUUCCUUUGUGGAAUGGUACUUGUUCACUGUGCGCCUACCUACUGGUUUUGCCAAUGUAAUUAAUGACACCUACGUGGUCGUGGGCUGUGUUUUACAUGAUUUUGUGUCCCCUAUUUCUGCAUUUUUGGCUACACACUGAAGCGGAGUUGUUUCAGUGUGUUGUUUUGUAUUGAAAGCAUGACUCACCAGCCACACGUAAAAUCACCAGAAUAAUGUUCUAUUGAUAUGGGAGCUAUUUCUAACGGUUUUGUUUUUAUAUUAGAUAAUAUGCGAGAUGUCCGGCAUUUUAUUUCAAUGUGAUUGACUUGCCAUAUGCAACACCUUCAAGAGACAGAUGAACUGAAACGCACGCGCGCUAUUACAAACUGCUCGAGUUUGAGGUUACCAUGUGUUUUUAGGACCAACUAUUCACACGUUUUUUUUUUAUGCGAAAACAACAUUUUUAUUAGCGAUAAUUGCUCAACUGAAACCAUUUUAAAGGUGAGUGACUCAGCUGUCUGGAGUUCAUCAUGUCAGACCGAAGACUGACACGUUGGUUAUUUUUAUCCCAGCGCUGUUGAAGCUCGUGUGUAACUCUGCGCUUCAGAGUUUUAGCAGGGCCUAUUGGCCUACUCCCAAUUGCAGAUAUAGGUUAGUAUAGAGGGUUAUUUGUGUGAUAUAUUUUUUUGUUAAACCUCCGUUGUUGUGCGGGAAUGAGGCUCCUGUAGGCCUGUGCCUCGGAAGGUGGUUGAGUGUCAGUUGAACAAGGCAUACUUGAACACGUGAAAGAAACUUUGAUACACUGUGGCGGUUGCUGGUUUAAUGGUGGUAGGGGCAAUUACAGUUAAACUAUUUGCAGUCUGCAAAAGCCAUACUGGAUUUUUAAACAUGAAUCCAUAUUGUAGGCAUAUUUCAGAAAAUAACGGCCUGAAUGCAAGACAAUGUCUGCCUUAGCCUACAUGAACAUUGCAUGAUAGAAUGCACCUGCCACAAGUGUGUGUCACCGUCAAUUACAUUGUAUUGGCACAACCCCGGCUGACAUCCUUUGCGGAAAUGAUGACAUCCAUUGCGCAGUCCUCUAUUGACCCCAAAUGUCUUUACACCUUAAGCAGGGGCACAAUGUUAUUGGUUCUCCGCCCUCUGGGUAUCUGAAGUUCAGAUUUUUAAAUCACCUAUUUGGACUUGACUUUUGUUACGACAAAUACACACCAAUGCUCCUUAUACUGUACAUGUGCUACCUCACGUGUGUGUGUGCUUUGCAAUGUUGUUCACCACAUGUUGUUUUUUGUUCACAGGAGUCUGAGGGAGGCUUGUAUGUGUGUAUGAACACAUUCUUGGGCUUUGGCAGAGAACAUGUGGAGAGACAUUACCGUAAAACCGGACAGAGUGUUUACAUGCACCUCAAACGGCAUGUCAAAGAGGUGAGGGGUCAUACCAUGUGCUUCUAUAUUGGUCUACACACCGACAGUGCAUAGUGUACGUACAGUUGACAAAUUAUAUUAUUUAAUAAUAAUAAUAAUGCAUGGGACUUGUAUAGCGCUUUUCAACCCAAAGUGGCUUUACAAUAGUAGAAACUAUACAAAAAACAGAUAUCCAAAGCAAGACAUCACCAGACUAAUAGCAGGAAGAAAAGGAAAAACAUGAAACAAAGAGAAAAGGAGGGGCUAAAGAAUGGAGAAGAGUGUGAUGUGUCAGUGUAUGAGUGAGCGAGCAGGUUUUGUGUGUGGGAGAGAGAGUGAGUGUGUGUGUGUGUGGGGGGGGGGGGGGGGCUUCAAGGGAUACUUCAGGAGUCUGAUGAACUCGUGGAUACCAUUUAUAUGUCUCUGUUUGCAGUUUGAAGGAAGUUGCUAACUAGCGUUAGGGCAAUGGCUGGAAGUCUAUGGGUAUCUGCUUUCAGUCAUUGUGCUAACGGUAGUUAGCAUUGGCUCGCAAAACUACCUCUAACUUCCUUUAUACUGGACACAGAGACAUAACUGGUAUCUACGAGUUCAUCAGACUCCUGAAGUUUCCCUUGGGAGGUAGAUAAAGAGCCUCAUUGCCAAAAUCCCAAAGUAUCCCUUUAAGGCUAGCCAAUGGUGAAGAGGUGGGGCUUUAGGAGGGACUAAAAGAUGGUGAUGGACUCAGUCACAGCUGGCUGGAGGGAGGGAGUUCCAGAGCUUUGGACUCAGUCACAGAUGGCUGGAGUUCCAGAGCUUUGGACUCAGUCACAGAUGGCUGGAGGGAGUUACAGAGCUUUGGGCUCAGUCACAGAUGGCUGGAGUGAGUUACAGAGCUUUGGACUCAGUCACAGAUGGCUGGAGGGAGUUACAGAGCUUUGGACUCAGUCACAGAUGGCUGGAGGGAGUUACGAGUUACAGAGGCUUUGGUAAGCUUGGACUCAGUCACAGAUGGCUGGAGGGAGUUCCGGAGCUUUGGACUCAGUCACAGAUGGCUGGAGUGAGUUACGGAGCUUUGGACUCAGUCACAGAUGGCUGGAGGGAGUUACAGAGCUUUGGACUCAGUCACAGAUGGCUGGAGGGAGUUACAGAGCUUUGGACUCAGUCACAGAUGGCUGGAGGGAGUUACAGAGCUUUGGACUCAGUCACAGAUGGCUGGAGGGAGUUCCGGAGCUUUGGACUCAGUCACAGAUGGCUGGAGGGAGUUACAGAGCUUUGGACUCAGUCACAGAUGGCUGGAGGGAGUUACAGAGCUUUGGACUCAGUCACAGAUGGCUGGAGGGAGUUCCGGAGCUUUUGGAGUAACCCUGGAGAAGGCCCUGUCACAAAAGCUCUGGAGCUUGGACCUAGAAUGAGACGGUAUUAAUAUUGAUAUGCCCUGUUUAUUUGUUCAGUUUGGGUGAAAGAUUUUUCCCUCUUUUCCCUGGAUGUUAGUUUUAUCGAAUCAGUGAUAUAUUGUUAUUAGUUGCAAGUACAUUGGACUUUGCAGUAGCACCUUUGUGUGAUCAAUUUUGGCACAAAACAUUGAAGGGAAAUAUCUAUUGAGCUGACAAGAAAGAGGCUGGCUUGUUUCAACUUCAUAUUCAUCAUCUCCAGCACCACCCCAACAUAAACUUGAUGACAUCAUCCGGAAACACUAUUGACAUUAUCUGGUACUUUACCGACCUAUGCCUGCUCAUAGUUGGUUAAAAUCCCAUGAUGCACAGCAGAUUCUUUUAUUUAUUUAUUAUUUAUGCACACCAGAUUAUUUUAUCCCAUUGAGACUAACUAAGGUUUAUUUUACACAUAAUUUACCAAAUACUAUAUAAUAUAAAUAUACACAAAUUACAAAUACAUUGAAGAAAAAUAAUCACAUUCAUCAGCAAAGAGGUCCCCAAUCAACAUGUUGAAGUGCCCGAGAGGCACCACCACAUCCUGUUGUUGGGAACUCUGUAGAUUGUUCCAUACAUGGACAUCCUGUUGUAGGGAACUCCGUAGAUUGUUCCAUACAUGGACAUCCUGUUGAAGGGAACUCCGUAGAUUGUUCCAUACAUGGACAUCCUGUUGUAGGGAACUCCGUAGAUUGUUCCAUACAUGGACAUCCUGUUGUAGGGAACUCCGUAGAUUGUUCCAUACAUGGACAUCCUGUUGUAGGGAACUCUGUAGAUUGUUCCAUACAUUGACAUCCUGUUGUAGGGAACUUUGUAGAUUGUUCCAUACAUGGACAUCCUGUUGUUGGGAACUCCGUAGAUUGUUCCAUACAUGGACAUCCUGUUGUAGGGAACUCUGUAGAUUGUUCCAUACAUUGACAUCCUGUUGUAGGGAACUUUGUAGAUUGUUCCAUACAUGGACAUCCUGUUGUUGUUAUUAUUACAUUUAAAAUGUAAAUGUAAUAAAAAUGAAGAAAGAGUGAUGACUCGACCUGUGAUUUCAAAGAUGGCCAGCCUACUUUCUGGUAAAUAAUGCAGUGACUUGUACUGAACAUGAUGUCAAAAGUGUUUCUGAAGACAUCAUCCGCAAACCAUUUUUAUUUAUAUAUUUUUUUUACAUCAUCUGGUGUGCCUCUUUGACUGCAAAUCAUGCUUUAUUCAAAGCAUAUUAUUGUGAUACUACAGAUAUAUUUACAUCAGAUCCUGACACAAAAGCUUCAAAAUAGGUAGCAACCUGCUUAUUAUUGAUAUAUUAUCACUUAAAAUGUCACUCACUUGCCUGACAAACGUUACAUCUGUUUUUGCCUGACCAAUGGAUCUAGCCAUGUAGAUCUUCCCCUCCAUCUCACAGCAACAUAACAAUUCAGAUCAGAAUGCUGUUUUCUGUUCUACAUCGUUUCGUCAGCCAGCACUAGGCUGUUGUAUUAGUGUUGGAAAAAAAACUACUGUAAAUAUAUCAAAACCGUUUUAGUAUUCUAAUUUAUAAAGGUAAUCAUUUUGUAUUUUAGAAAACGAUAGUAGUUUCAUGGCUUGCUACCACUGUCUAUGAGAAUAGGCAAUUUUUAAGAGAUGUAUUGCUCUAUAAGGCAUAUUUUGCUCCGUUAAUAACCUUUCUACCUGUUCACUUGUUUCCCACAGAAAGCCACAGGUGCCGCAGGAGGCGCCAUCCCCAGAAGAAGAAAUGGCCAAGUGUUCCUAGGUAAGCCUUAUACUGUCCUGAAGAUAUCCUCACGGGGAGUUCCCCUUAGACUCAGUCUCCUUAUGGGUUAUUUAAAGUACAGUCACAUUUCUCUCAGUAGUCUGUUUGCUAGCCCUUCUCGAAGAGAAGGACAAGACUCUACCAUCCUUUACUAUAGACCGACAUUUCCCCCUUUUCUAAUGCCAUUUAUUAGGGGAAAUCGCCUGUCAUCGUGUUAUGCUGUUAUUGUUUUUAUUUGGUUAUAUGGCGGUGGCCCUACACUGGCCCUACACUCUCUUGCCUAAUGUGACGUAUUCCCAUGUCCAGAGCCCAAGGCCUGGCCUCCCGGUCCUUUCCUGCCGUGCCACUCUAAAUUUAGCCCAUUUAUUCAUAUAUGCAGUUAGUAACCAUUCUAAAUCCAAAGUGCCACAUGCCCGGGCUGGUCUACUCCCUUCCUACAGGGGGGUUGGUUUACAGUGGGCCGCCCCUGCCUGUCGCUCGGCUGUCCUCAGCUGCUGUGCCUCGUCAACUCCCCCCGGCUAACACACUUCUGCCAUUGGCCACAAUGACACGGGCAAGGGAGGGUCAGGAGGUGGAUUCUCCUCUCGCCCUAGCUGUGUUAUUUAAAUAAUCAAUGCUUGCUAGUUACCUCCCCUGUUUAACCACCCCCAGCAACAUUCCCUUACCCUCCAUUCUCUUAUCUCCCACUAUCCACUGAAGCUGUGUAUGCCGGCCACUUCAGUGCCCUGCCUCGGUGUAGCCUACAUACCCAGAAGCACUAGGCUACAAGCGUCACUCUCCCAUUAUUGGACGUGCUGGAUUGUGGUCUUUCACUCUGCAGGCCUGACCCCAUUUUGGGGCCCGUGUGGACACAGAGGUUCUUCAAGCCUGAUGUGAACUGCAUCCUCCUUCCCUUCCUUCCAAUCUCCUCUCGGCUUUGACGCCCAUUGGAACCCAAGCUAAAGCUCAAUGUUGCUUUGGCAUUUCCAUACCAGUGACGAUCUAAUCAGUUGGCCAGCAGCCAACACAGCCCAGAUGUCAUCAUGUAUCUAGAGGCUUCUAAACAAAAGCCAUAGAGGAGGACUAGGGUUGAAAAAGAGGGGGUCUAUGUAUGCAGUAACAUUAUCUGGCUACUUAAUACAUAACUCAACGAUUCGUCAUCAAUUAUUUUAAUCUUCUGGUCACCAUAGAAACAAUAGGGGACUCACAAUUAAUUUGACUCUAGGUUCUACAAGCGCUGUCUAAAAAUUCCCAAAUACAUGUCGAACAUGUUUUUGACUUGUCGUCAAUUAUGCCUUGAUGAGUAUUCUAUUAAAUCCUUUACAUUUCUAUUGUGAAAUUGUUAAACGAGGACUUUGCAUCCUACUACUCUCAGUAGAACUCAACAGUUCAGCAUAGAGAAGCUCCAGAGCACACAGUCUUUCUUACCAGUGUACUCUUUAGCCAGAGUUGGGAUCUUAUCAUACAGUAGUAUUCCCCUGACCCUGGACCUCAUUAAACAAUUUGAUCUUUUGACCCUUGUUGACAAGGGACAAUUAUAUGACAUUUGACCUCUGUUCUGCAGCUGUGACGUCUAACCCUAUCCCCUAGUCUGGGUUAACCUCACUAGAUGUAUACUGUAUCUUAUUAAGCCAGCUAACAUGGAAGCUCAAAUAUUCAAGAAAUGCAUACACAUCCCAUUUUAUAUUGGAUAACCCACCUUUCAGUUACCUUCAAACAAAUCACACGAUCUCAGAAAUGCAUUAGAUCACCUGAAACGCCUACCGUAUUCUUCUCCAGAAUUGAUGUGAGUAUUUGAUUCUGUCGUCUCACUUUUUUUAUCCUAUCUAGUCAAGACAAAUGCUCAGUGAAAGGCCAAUCAAGUGUAUGAAUCAUCAGCCACUGUUUCAUGGGAACUGAAUGUCGACGUCUGCUUCCUCUCUCUCAGAUUUAGAACUAAACCGUGAUUUUAAAGGAGAUGAGUAUGAGUGUGAAGAUGAGGCCAAGCUCGUCAUAUUCCCAGACCACUUCGAGAUCCCCUUACCAAAUAUUGAGGAGUUGCCUGCACUGGUCAGUGAGUGUGUGCCCAUGCUCCAUUUGUGUGCCAUGCAUGCUGAAGGGAAACGGUGGGUCACUUCUCGCCAUUUGCCUUUUCCAGUGCAGUGCUUCCUUAUCAUGUUUUUAGUUUUUGAAUGCCAGGUAUCCUGUGCUUUUUUUUAUUUUUUGUUUUGGCAUGCUGUGUUAUUAGUUUGUUAAUCAAAGGGUCUAAUUGUUGUGAAAGCCUUUGUGUGCAUGUGUUGAUUUCAAUGGUACGAAGUAACACUGGUUGUGUUAAUCAUAUGCUGAUGUAGCAGUAGCAGUAGCAGUAGCAGUAGUAGCAGUAGCAGUAGCAGUAGCAGUAGUAGUAGCAGUAGCAGUAGUAGCAGUAGCAGUAGCAGUAGCAGUAGCAGUAGCAGUAGCAGCAGUAGUAGCAGCAGUAGUAGCAGUAGCAGUAGCAGUAGCAGUAGCAGUAGCAGUAGCAGUAGCAGUAGUAGCAGUAGCAGUAGUAGCAGUAGCAGUAGUAGCAGUAGCAGUAGCAGUAGCAGUAGCAGUAGUAGUGGCAGCAGCAGUAGCAGUAGGAGCAGCAGUAGUAGUGACAUCACAAUCUGAUCUGAUUAUUCUGACCAAUGACCAGUCCUACAUUAAAGGGAUAAGCGCGGUCUAGAGUCUAGACGAUCCUAUCACUCAAUCAGGGCUGUGUUUUUAAAUAUAUUUAAAUGUGUAUUUAAACGCCCACGCGAUCAGACUGAUCAUUUCAAUGGCAAAAGGAGGCUCUGGGUUAUGUUAAUAAAUGAUUUUCAUGAAAUAAACACACAGCGUGAGUUAUUAGACAUACAGUGAUGAUUUAAAAAAUAAUAAGACUGCAUGGGGGCUUUAAAAGUGACAUUAUUUGGUGUUAUUACAUUAUCCUCUGUUACAGACUAACUCCCCAACCAGUGCUAGUAAAAUAGACAAAUCAGUGAGGAACUACAGUGAAACUCUAUUAUAUAAUUAUCUUAGUUUCAGGAACAUAUUUAUUGUCUCUUAUCCUCACUAAUCAAACUGGGAUCAGGUUAUCUAGCUUCCUGUAUGCACCACAGUCCUAGACCUGUUACCAUAACUACAGGAAGUAGGGGUGCUGAGGGUGUUGCAGCACCCCCAGAAAAAUCACAAUAAAACAAAUUAUAUUAAUACGAAAAUUGAAAAAAAAGUUUUUUUCACAAAAGUAGUGUACUGGGCCUUUUUAAUAGUCCUGAAUUAGGGAUCAAUAUAGCCGUCUGCAACGCGAGCAAAAAUAGUUUUACAGCCUAGGCUGUUGCUAGUCCUAGUCUUAUUAUGUCAGUGAAACAUCUCCUCAGUCAGUAGAUCUAAUGGUUCCUGUGUGUCCCGUGACUCCCAGGUGACAAUAGCCUGCGAUGCCGUGCUGAACGCCGCGUCAGCCUACAAAAAACAGGAGUCUGACUCCUGGGACGAGGAGAUCCAGGUGUCCAAACAUGCCAGGAGUCUCCGACAGCAGGACAACGGAGUGAGGAUCCCACCCAGGUAACUGCCCACUAAUUGGACUGACAAAGGGUUAUGCAAUGACUUAGAAACACCAACAUAGUGGACAGUGGCUUCAGAACAGCUCCCGUCUCAUAUCAUUUUGUGUUGCUGCUAGUUUGAGGGUCCUCCGGUGUUUCUUGUGUGGUUUGGGGGGGGGUCCUUCUGGGUUACUUGAGCUACUUGUGGGUCCCUCCACCUUACUUGUGGGAUUCUGAUCCCAUAUCAAGGAAUCGCUCCUUUAUCAUGGUCGAAUAUUCCCACGGAUAGAUCAGAUAAUAGGCCUACAUACCCAGAAAGACUAUGUUGUCUUUCUGACAUCUAUAUACUGGCAUGGCCACCAUAGUAAGACUUCUCAGCCACUGGUCUGUCAUUUUCCUGUGCUGAGGAUGUCAGUUAUGAAGGGUUGCGGAAUGAGAUGGGUGGCAGGACCAUCUUAGGGAUCUGAAGCCAAGUUACUCUGUAAUGUUUCUUAGGGAUCUGAAGCCAAGUUACUCUGUAAUGUUUCUUAGGGGUCUGAAGCCAAGUUACUCUGUAAUGUUUCUUAGGGAUCUGAAGCCAAGUUACUCUGUAAUGUUUCUUAGGGGUCUGAAACCAAGUUACUCUGUAAUGUUUCUUAGGGGUCUGAAACCAAGUUACUCUGUAAUGUUUCUUAGGGGUCUGAAACCAAGUUACUCUGUAAUGUUUCUUAGGGAUCUGAAACCAAGUUACUCUGUAAUGUUUCUUAGGGAUCUGAAACCAAGUUACUCUGUAAUAUUUCUUAGGGAUCUGAAGCCAAGUUACUCUGUAAUGUUUCUUAGGGAUCUGAAGCCAAGUUACUCUGUAAUGUUUCUUAUUUGUCUGAAACCAAGUUACUCUGUAAUGUUUCUUAGGGGUCUGAAACCAAGUUACUCUGUAAUGUUUCUUAGGGAUCUGAAACCAAGUUACUCUGUAAUGUUUCUUAGGGAUCUGAAGCCAAGUUACUCUGUAAUGUUUCUUAGGGAUCUGAAACCAAGUUACUCUGUAAUGUUUCUUAGGGGUCUGAAACCAAGUUACUCUGUAAUGUUUCUUAGGGAUCUGAAGCCAAGUUACUCUGUAAUGUUUCUUAUGGGUCUGAAACCAAGUUACUCUGUAAUGUUUCUUAGGGGUCUGAAACCAAGUUACUCUGUAAUGUUUCUUAGGGAUCUGAAACCAAGUUACUCUGUAAUGUUUCUUAGGGAUCUGAAACCAAGUUACUCUGUAAUGUUUCUUAGGGAUCUGAAACCAAGUUACUCUGUAAUGUUUCUUAGGGAUCUGAAACCAAGUUACUCUGUAAUGUUUCUUAGGGGUCUGAAACCAAGUUACUCUGUAAUGUUUCUUAGGGAUCUGAAACCAAGUUACUCUGUAAUGUUUCUUAGGGAUCUGAAACCAAGUUACUCUAACCUUAUAUAGCAUUUUGUGUAUUAUUUUACAUGUAGCAUUAAGAAGCAUUAGCAUUAAGGAGUGUUUUAGGAUGCUAAACAUUAAACACACAAGUCUGUCCUACCCUGUUCAUUGAACAUAAUUCAGGUCAAUCAAUUAACUCCAAUGAGAGAGAAUGCUUUUUGGCCGUUCUUGCUAUUUUGUCCUUCAAGAACAACGACACUGAGAGAAUGGGUAACACUAACACUGUCAUGACACGUAUUUAGACCUGUUGUGACAUAUGUUGCGUUAUUUUAUGGCUGGUUAUGACACCUACAUAAGAGUGUAAAAACCCACAACACAAGGCAAAACAUUCCAUUACACCAUAGCCUACUUGUCAACAGUUUUAUGUUAUACAGCUCUGGAAAAAAAUAAGAGACCACUGCAAAAUUAUCAAUUUCUCUGGUUUUACUAUUUAUAGGUAUGUGUUUGGGUAAAAAUACCAUUUCUGUUUUAUUCUAUAAACUACUGACAACAUUUCUCCCAAAUUCCAAAUAAAAAUAUUGUCAUUUAGAGCAUUUAUUUGCAGAAAAUGACAACUGGUCAAAAUAACAAAAAAGAUGCAGUGUUGUCAGACCUCGCAUAAUGCAAAGAAAAUAAGUUCAUGUUCAUUUUUAAACGACACAAUACUAAUGUUUUAACUUAGGAAGAGUUCAGAAAUCAAUAUUUGGUGGAAUAACACCGAUUUUCAAUCACAGCUUUCUUGCGUCUUGGCAUGCUCUCCACCAGUCUUUCACAUUGAUGUUGGGUGACUUUAUGCCACUCCUGGUGGAAAAAUUCAAGCAGCUCGGCUUUGUUUGAUGGCUUGUGACCAUCCAUCUUCCUCUUGAUCACAUUCCAGAAGUUUUCAAUGGGGUUCAGGUCUGGAGAUUGGUCUGGCCAUGACCGGGUCUUGAUCUGGUGGUCCUCCAUCCAUACCUUGAUUGACCUGGCUGUGUGGCAUGGCGCAUUGUCCUGCUGGAAAAACCAAUCAUUUACAUUACAUUUACAUUUUAGCAGACGCUCUUAUCCAGAGCGACUUACAGUUAAUGAGUGCAUACAUUUUUCAUACUGGCCCCCCGUGGGAAACGAACCCACAACCCUGGCGUUGUAAGCGCCAUGCUCUACCAACUGAGCUACAGGGGACAGAGUUGGGGAACAAUGUCAGAGCAAAAGGAAGCAAGUUUUCUUCCAGGACAACCUUGUACGUGGCUUGAUUCAUGCGUCCUUCACAAAGACAAAUCUGCCCGAUUCCAGCCUUGCUGAAGCACCCCCAGAUCAUCACCGAUCCUCCACCAAAUUUCACAGUGGGUGCGAGACGCUGUGGCUUGUAGGCCUCUCCAGGUCUCCGUCUAACCAUUAGACGACCAGGUGUUGGGCAAAGCUGAAAAUUGGACUCAUCAGAGAAGAUGACCUUACUCCAGUCCUCUACGGUCCAAUCCUUAUGGUCUUUUGCAAACCUCAGCCUGGCUCUUCUUUGCUUCUCAUUGAUGAAGGGAUUUUUUCUAGCUUUUCACGACUUCAGCCCUGCCCCUAGGAGCCUGUUUCGAACCGUCCUCGCCGUGUACUUCACCCCAGCUGUCGUUUGCCAUUCUUUUUGUAAGUCACUUGAUGUCAUCCUACAGUUGUUGAGUGACAUUCGAAUGAGUUGGCGGUCAUCCCGGUCAGUAGAGAGUCGUUUUCGCCCUCUGCCGGUCUGUAGCUUUGUUGUCCCCAAUGUCUGCUGCUUGACCUUGUUCUUAAGAACCGGCAUCUCUGCCAGUAAAGCCAGAAUUGAACCCUUCUUUUCCUCACUCAAAACGUUCCUUUUCAACUCUUUUGGCAUGGUCAAUAGUUAUUUUCUGAUUAAUAUUACUUUUGAUGUACUAUUAGCACUGUUUUUACCAUCCAGCUGGUCCUAUUGCAAGAGGAUAGUGAUGACCACAGCAGUGGUUUUUAUACUUUUCCUCAUUGAAUAAGAUUUGGUUCAGGUGAUCACCUAAUCAGUACCUAAUUCAGUAGAAUGAGGUGUGCCUGUGUUGGAAUUCAACAGACACUGGAAUGGAAUGGCUGUCAUACAUGUAGAGAUGCUGAUUGAAGAAAAAUGUGCAGUGUUUUUUUCCACAGCUGUAUAACGUUUUCUGAAAUUGACCUUAUUCAAUUAUCAUUGUAAUUGCGCCCACAUCGAUGUCAGAAAUACACCUACCCCUAAUGCUCUGUUGCUGAUGACUGGGAUGAAUGCAGGAGCAGUAAUCAGGAGCAGGACAAGACACCCUCUUUUUGACGGAUGACUGACAUAAGGGCAUGUAUGUGGUAGGCCUAUCUGGCUUAUACGUUUAUGAUGGUCCUAAUGCUUCUUGACAGUGUCAUAAAGUGUAUUUUUACAUUACAUUUACAUUUUGCAGACGCUCUUAUCCAGAGCGACUUACAGGAGCAUUUAGGGUUAAGUGCCUUGCUUAAGGGCACAUCGACAGAUUUUUCACCUAGUCGGCCCGGGGAUUAGAACCAGCGACCUUUCGGUUACUGGCACAACGCUCUUACCCACUAAGCUACCUGCCACCCUAUUUUCUUAGUCCAAGUGAAGUGACACAAGAUGGUCAUAAUGCUUAAUGACAAUGUCAAAAAGUUUCAUUUUCUACGAGAUAUUUAAAAUAUGAUGAAAAAAUAAACAUGACUGUAAAUAAUUAGUUACAACAACAACAACAACAACGGGAUUUAAGAAAUAAACUUUGAAACAAAAAGAAACUUCUUGGCAGGGAAAAAACACAUUUGAAUAACAAUCAUGACAGUGUUAUGACCAUGUUAUGACAUAUUAAGACAUGGUUAUGACGCUGGGUGUCAAGGAAAGUGUUACCAAAAGAUGUAAUAAGAGCUAACCUAUUUAUCAACAUGUGACUCUUUGAAUGUUUUACCCCUGUUCCGUCUCUCCUCUUAGUGGCUGGAAAUGUCAGAAGUGUGAGAUGAGAGAGAACCUGUGGCUGAACCUGACGGACGGAGCGGUGCUUUGUGGGAAGUGGUUCUUCGACGGUGCCGGAGGAAACGGCCACGCCCUGGACCACUACAAAGACACCAACUUUCCCCUGGCAGUCAAACUGGACAACAUCACCCCAGACGGAGCAGGUCAGUGCCCACUUCCCCUUGCAGUCAAACUGGACAACAUCACCCCAGAUGGAGCAGGUCAGUGUCCACUUCCCCUGGCAGUCAUACAGGACAACAUCACCCCAGACGGAGCAGGUCAGUGCCCACUUCCCCUUGCAGUCAUACAGGACAACAUCACCCCAGACGGAGCAGGUCAGUGCCCACUUCCCCUGGCAGUCAAACUGGACAACAUCACCCCAGACGGAGCAGGUCAGUGCCCACUUCCCCUGGCAGUCAUACAGGACAACAUCACCCCAGAUGGAGCAGGUCAGUGCCCACUUCCCCUGGCAGUCAAACUGGACAACAUCACCCCAGACGGAGCAGGUCAGUGCCCACUUCCCCUGGCAGUCAUACAGGACAACAUCACCCCAGAUGGAGCAGGUCAGUGCCCACUUCCCCUUGCAGUCAUACAGGACAACAUCACCCCAGAUGUAGCAGGUCAGUGCCCACUUCCCCUGGCAGUCAAACUGGACAACAUCACCCCAGACGGAGCAGGUCAGUGCCCACUUCCCCUGGCAGUCAUACAGGACAACAUCACCCCAGAUGGAGCAGGUCAGUGCCCACUUCCCCUUGCAGUCAUACAGGACAACAUCACCCCAGAUGUAGCAGGUCAGUGCCCACUUCCCCUGGCAGUCAAACUGGACAACAUCACCCCAGACGGAGCAGGUCAGUGCCCACUUCCCCUGGCAGUCAUACAGGACAACAUCACCCCAGAUGGAGCAGGUCAGUGCCCACUUCCCCUUGCAGUCAUACAGGACAACAUCACCCCAGAUGUAGCAGGUCAGUGCCCACUUCCCCUGGCAGUCAAACUGGACAACAUCACCCCAGACGGAGCAGGUCAGUGCCCACUUCCCCUGGCAGUCAUACAGGACAACAUCAGAGCAGGUCAGUGACACAUAUUGGGGAAAACAUACAAUAAAACAUUAUAAAUGCUCAUACAUGCUUCUAACACAAUAACGCAUUAUAGCUGGGUUCCACUUUUCCAUUGGUGUAUAAGCAUAGAGAUCCUAUUAAAUUCAUAUUCUAAUUCCUAAUUCUAAGUAUACCGGUAACAACCCCCUAUUAUAUGAAGAGAGCCUUGGCCCUUGUUUUUUAUGACCAGUAACACCCCCCCCCCCCCCCCCCCCCCCCCCCCCCCUCUUUCAGAUAUAUAUUCAUUUGAUGAAGAAGAAGCAGUCCUGGACCCUCACAUAUCCGAACACUUACAACACUUUGGAAUAGACAUGCUACAGAUGCAGCAGGUACGUCUAGCCAUCGUUGUAGGAAAGAUUGACAAGCUCUCAUUUAGCUGAGUUAUACCUGUUUCAUAAUACACAACAUUUGUGAUGUGCAAAACCAUAUAUUUUCAAACAGCCAGUUCCACUUUACAUAGAAUAAUGUGGGCCUAGAAUAACAUCAACCAUGUCUGGGUACCUGUCGGACCCCCCCAUUUUGAAGCAGUACUUUGUUCCAUUGGUUGAAUAGAAUGGAACAGAAAAUGGCCACCUCAACACGGACAACGCAGACAGCGUGCAGCCUCGGGUCAGCGAGUGGGAGGUGAUCCAGGAAUCGGGCAUGAAACUGAAGGCGGUGUAUGGUUCGGGUUUCACUGGCAUCAAGAACCUGGACAACAGCUGUUACCUGGGCACCACCAUGCAGGUCCUCUUCAGCAUCCCAGAGUUCCAGAGGGCGUGAGUACCACCAGCAUCUGGGAGGGGCUUGUUCGUGUGUGUGAGAGAGCUAUAGAGAGAGAAAGGGGGGGCCUCCAGAAUAGACCAGAGUAAACAUACAAAGUCAGGACACUGCGCGGGUCAUGUUUCGCCACUCCGAAUAUAGAUGCUGAUGACGGAAAACUGACUCACUUGACCUAAAGGUGUUAUUACGUGGUGAUUGCACAACAGCACUGAAAACGGCAGGCUUAUACGAGUGGAUGACUGUAGUGUUCCGAGUGGAUGACUGUAGUGUUCCGAGUGGAUGACUGUAGUGUUCAAUCUCAUAUUUUCCCUCUUCAAAAAAAAAAUCUCUCCUGGACUUACAGUAGCGUGUGCACUGAAUGUACUGUCUGGCGUCUGUUUUGAAUCUCUAGGUAUGUUGGAAAUCUCCAGAGGAUAUAUGACUACUCACCUCUUGACCCCACCACGGAUUUCAGCACACAAAUGUGAGUCAAUACACAGUUACAUAAUGUUGCUUAUCAUCAGUACAUCGUCUUGACCAGGGGCUUGGCCCCUUGGGCCCGGGGGAGGCUGAGUUAAAAAACUCUCCAGGCCACUGUUGAACGUCUAAAACUAGAUAGAAAUUAUAAUGGACCUAUACGUUUUCAAAUAACUGCCCUUUUCCUGGCCCGCAAAUUGCUUUUGGCGAACAUAUAAAAUCUGUGCUGCCCUCCACUGAAUUGGCGAUGUUUCCCUCGAGACUAAAUUAUUACUCACCCUGGUCUUGUCUCACACCUCCAAACAUCUGACCGGUUCACAUCUUUGCUGACUUGCCGUUAAAAGCCCCUCUAUAAUUUUUUUUUACAUUUUAGUCAUUUAGCAGAUGCUCUUAUCCAGAGCGACUUACAGGAGCAAUUAGGGUUAAGUGCCUUGCUCAAGGGCACAUUUUCACCUAGUUCUAAUCCCAGAGCCGACCAGCGACCUUUCGGUUACUGGCACAACGCUCUUAACCACUAAGCUACCUGCCGCUCUAUGCCAACUCUAAUGUUUUCUAGUUACACUAUAUAUACAGCAGUAUGUGGAGAGCCCUUCAAAUUAGUGGAUUUGGCUAUUUCAGCCACACCUGUUACUGACAGGUGUAUAAAAUCGAGCACACAGCCAUGCAAUCUCCAUAGACAAACAUUGGCAGUAGAAUGGCCUUACUGAUGAGCUCAGUGACUUUCAACGUGGCACCGUCAUAGGAUGCCACCGUUCCAACAAGUCAGUUCGUCAAAUUUCUGCCCUGCUAGAGCUGCCCCGGUCAACUGUAAGUGCUGUUAUUGUGAAGUGGAAAUGUCUAGGAGCAACAACGUCUCAGCCGCGAAGUGGUAGGCCACACAAGCUCACAGAAUGGGACCGCCGAGUGCUGAAAUGCAUAGGGCGUAAAAAUCGUCUGUCCUCGGUUGUAUCACUCACUACCGAGUUCCAAACUGCCUCUGGAAGCAACGUCAGCACAAUAACUGUCAGUCGGGAGCUUCAUGAAAUGGGUUUCCAUGACCGAGCAGCCGCACACAAGUCUAAGAUCACCAUGCGCAAUGCCAAGCGUUGGCUGGAGAGGUGUAAAGCUCCCCACCAUUGGACUCUGGAGCAGUGGACAUGCGUUCUCUGGAGUGAUGAAUCACGCUUCACCAUCUGGCAGUCCGACAGUCGAAUCUGGGUUUGGCGGAUGCCAGGAGAACGCUACCUGCCCCAAUGCAUAUUGCCAACUGUAAAGUUUGGUGGAGGAGGAAUAAUGGUAUUUUUUGUUUUUUCAUGGUUCGGGCUAGGCCCCUUAGUUCCAGUGAAGGGAAAUCUUGACGCUACAGCAUACAAUGACAUUAUAAAAGAUUCUGUACUUCCAUUUUUGUGGCAACAGUUUGGGGGAAGGCCCUUCCCAGUUUCAGCAUGACCAUGCCCCCGUGCACAAAGUGAGGUCCAUACAGAAAUGGUUUGUUGAGAUUGGUGUGGAAGAACUUGACUGGCCUGCACAGAGCCCUGACCUCAACCCCAUUGAACACCUUUGAGAUGAAUUGGAACGCCGACUGUGAGCCAGGCCUAAUCGCCCAUGAGCAGGUGUCCACAUACUUUUGGUCAUGUAGUGUAGCUAUGUAUCUUGAUUAAUAAAUACAUUAAAGCUAGAAUUCUUAGUUGCUACAUCCAUUUUUGGACUUAUGCAUUUAUUAUAUAUACAUUUAUAAUAUUUACCCUUUGAUUCUUGAAGGAUAUAACUUAUAAAUGCUUAGUUCAACUGUAGUACCCCAUCAGAACCCAAAAUAUAUAAUCUUGUUUUACAAAGUAAAUGUAAACAAACACUAGCCUCAACAUGGUUAAAACUAUAGUUUUGAUGUCACGGAUGGGCAGUCUUUGCAUCCAUAGCUCUGCCUAUGAAUUUGAGAAUGGUUACAUUUUAAAAGCCCCAUCCCUCAGCUUCUUGCCGAAACCACAGAGGCGAUUGGACCAGUUUCUUAUUGAUUCAAUUGAGGACUCAGCUUUAAUGACCCCUUUCCUGCAGUCAAAUGACCAAAUCGCCCUCUAGUGGCCUCAUGGGUGGAAUGUUGUUCAUAUUUUUCAUAAUUUCAUAAUUAAAGGUUUCUUUUUUUUUUUUUACGCCGUAAAUCCGGUGUUUCAAAUGGUUUUGUAAUAUUUCAGUCUUCUGUGAUGUAUAUAAAGUGUAAUGUUGGGAUGCAAACUCAAAAUUGAAUACAUUUCAACUCUAUAUCUGACAUGGUACAGGUGUCUUCUUUUUUUUAAGCCCAUAACCAUGUGUGUGAGGUGUAUACUUUUGUUUCAAAGUAGAUUUGUUUAAGACUACCAAGAAAAACUCUGUGUGACCCUGAUUUAGCCCACUGCAGUAAAAUGUUAAAUGAUGAGCACAGAAGAAUGUCAGUGCUAGAAAAACAUUGGAUCUAACCCAUCCACCUGGCCAGAUGAAAACUGAGAGGCUCCUAAACGAAGGGGGUAAUGAAUGUUGGUAAUUAAGACAUAAACACUGGCUGACUGACUGAGAGAUGACCAUGUUAAUGACCUUCACCAUGUUAAUGACCUUCACCAUGAUGAUUCGAUGCAGAUCAUGUCAUACUGAGAGAUGAUCGUGUUAAUGAACUUCAUGUUGAUUCGAUGCAGAUCAUGUCAUACUGAGAGACGAUCGUGUUAAUGAACUUCAUGUUGAUUGGAUGCAGAUCAUGUCAUACUGAGAGAUGAUCGUGUUAAUGACCUUCACCAUGAUGAUUCGAUGCAGAUCGUGUCAUACUGAGAGAUGAUCGUGUUAAUGACCUUCACCGUGUUAAUCUGAUGCAGAUCGUGUCAUAAAUCAGGAGGUUGUUUACCACUGGUGUUGCCCAAUCGAUUUUGUUCUUAGCAGCUGUUAGUAGUUCGAGUAGCCGUUAUACUGCAAGCAUGUGUAAUGUGUUUUGGUUGGUCAAUCAUUUCAUUGCUUUCCUUUUGUGUAUGUUGAUGGUGGAGACGGUGUUGGCAAAGAGCUUUUGUUCUUAGCCAAGUUUUAACAGCUAUUACAAUGCUAACUUGUGCAAUAGGACAGGCACCAUGGGUUUGUUACUAAGUUACAUUGGUGUCCUUUUGUUUUGUCCACCAGGGCUAAACUGGGCCACGGACUCAUCUCAGGCCUGUACUCCAAACCACCAAUGAAAUCCGAGCUCAUUGAACAGGUGAUGAGAGAAGAAUGCAAGGUAUUAGACUGGGCAUGUCCAGCUCCUUAUCUGGGAAAAAUUACAAACUGGCAAUUUGGGAGAUCAGAACGUAUUUGUUUUGUGUUGCCAGAUAAGCAGGGGAAAGAGAUGUGGGAAACUACUGUUCUGUUCUGUACUGUUCUUCUCCAUUCAUCAUGCAGCUGCUAGCUUUUCAUCUAGUAAUGCCAGUGUAAUAUAAUGAGGAGUCUGCAAUCAGGUUAGGGCCAGGUUUGGACACACACAGACAGCUUGCGUGGGGAAGGGAGGGGUGGGGAUGGAACUUGUAGAUAUAUUAAUUAUCCUCUGUUGCAAUAUUCAUUGUUGCUCAUAUUUUGAGUACCUUGUAGUUUUUACAUUUAAAGGGUGUGUUGCAUGUCUUCAGUAUCAUAACCCAAUAUUUUUCCCAAAUGAUUUUUGGGUUGCAACUCUUUGCGGUAUAACUACUUCCAUUAACGUGGAAAUUGUAUUUUCUAUUUAUAGUAUAAACUGUAGCUAACGUUCGAGAUUUGAUCGUCUUAGAUGCCCCAUGCAUGCUGCAAUAACAACCCAAUUGUGUUACAAAGUGUUGUCUAUUCAUUUAGCAAAUGUAGUGCCAUUUUGGCAUUUUUCACUGCCUACAUCUAGCUGCUGCAUACCAACUUGUCUUGCAGGAGCAGUGUGAAUUGUUGCUAAUCCAAUCGGUACAACACAGCCCUGAAUCCUGAAGUAUUUAGUAUACAGAUUACAGAUUACAGACAUACAGGGACUCUACACUGCAGCACCUUCUGUUGUGCGAUGUAUGAUUCAUCUAACACUGCCAUGUAAAGACCCUCCGGAUUUCCUGCAGGUUGCAUGUUUGUUUUGUGGGGAAAGGAUCUUGAGGGUUACUGCCAGUAUGCAUGUUUUUUUUGGGGGGGAAAGGAUCUUGAGGGUUACUGCCAGUAUGCCUGUUUGUUUUGUGGGGAAAGGAUCUUGAGGGUUACUGCCAGUAUGCCUGUUUUGUGGGGAAAGGAUCUUGAGGGUUACUGCCAGUAUGCCUGUUUGUUUUGUGGGGAAAGGAUCUUGAGGGUUACUGCCAGUAUGCCUGUUUGUUUUGUGGGGAAAGGAUCUUGAGGGUUACUGCCAGUAUGCCUGUUUGUUUUGUGGGGAAAGGAUCUUGAGGGUUACUGCCAGUAUGCAUGUUUGUUUUGUGGGGAAAGGAUCUUGAGGGUUACUGCCAGUAUGCAUGUUUGUUUUGUGGGGAAAGGAUCUUGAGGGUUACUGCCAGUAUGCCUGUUUGUUUUGUGGGGAAAGGAUCUUGAGGGUUACUGCCAGUAUGCAUGUCUCUUUAUGCAGUCUGACUGUAGGGCUGUGUCAGAUGGUGUAGCUAGAUACAGCACCGAUUAGACAUUACGCUGUUGUCACUGAUCUCAUAAGCACAGAAGUUGCACUUGGUAUUAAAUUGAAAAAAUUAAGACGGAAAAGCCCUUUUCAAAGACGAGCCAAAUCCUAACUUGUGUAGCUCAAAUCGCCUCUCAAGUUGGAAAUUGGCCUCAUGAGAUUCAGAAUGUUUAUUAGCAGGAUACCUGUUUUUCCUGAAGUACCUCCAAUCACACGUCAACCUGAAGUUCCUCCAAUCACGUGUCAAUGGUUUGGUUUGGUGUCUUGGUGCCUUAGACAGGUGACUGGUCAUACACACUUUGUGUGUGACACCUUGUUCUCAUUGCAGCACCAGCCGAAGGGCAUCUCUCCCAAGAUGUUCAAAGCCAUGGUCAGCAAGGGCCACCCCGAGUUCUCCUCCAACAGACAGCAAGACGCACACGAGUUCUUCCUGCACCUCAUCAACCUGGUCGAGGUAUGUAUGGCUUCAUAUCUAUUAGUAGGAGUGAGUUAAACUACUCUAAAAGGUAUGUAGUGGUGAAUACAGUAUGCCAUUGUUGUAGAGUGUAAUGAAUACUCGGACAGAGUGGUAAGAUCCAAUCGCAGAAUAGCGAUGCUUUAUUAGAGUACAGACAAGGGAAUAGCUUAAUCGUGGUCGGGCGGGCUGUGGUCAAAACCGGGCCAGGCAUAGACAGGCAGAGGUACCAAAGGAGCGGGCUUAGUCGUAGUCGAGGUCACAGGCACAGGAUCAGAGAACGGUAAUCACUGGGGUAGACAAGUAGAGGAUUAAGCAAUUCGGGAAGUCAAACAACAAGGCACAGGUCGGAUACACGGGUAAUCAAAAACAACAAAACUCUCUCUCUCUCUCGGAACAAAACGCUUAGCAAGUCACAAAGGAACAAUACCUCGCACCGACUGAACCUCUGAGCACACCUUAUAUCCUACCCUAAUUAUGGACAGGUGUGCUCAGAACUCAGGUGAACCAGAUCGAGUCUGAUGACUCCCCCUCUCUGUAGAUCGGGGAAGUGUCAGACUCUGUCUAGACCCAGCCAACCCCCGAUCCCUUACAUAGAGGUACAGAAAUUGGCAAACAAAUUCACUUGUGUUCAACAAAAGACUCAUAACCGUAAAUUGUAUCAAUCGGGCAAUGGCUUUUCAGCUUUUCAGAUUAUACAGAGUGUACUGGCUUUUCAGUUUGUACAGAUUAUACAGAGUGUAUUUGUACAUUGUCUUUCAAUGAUGGCACUGGCCAAAAUAAAAUAAACUGCUUUCAUGAAAUGGCUACCGCAAAGCAUUUUCCUGACCAUGUCAAUGCUCCUCUGACUCUGAUCAGACGUGGUCAAUCUGGGGGUCUUGGGGGAGGGGAGGAGGGACAGGACGCUGUCCCUCUCGGCCGGCAGAUACACUUGUUCUCUGAAGUGACUUUCUUAACCAGGUUAAAUUUAGUCCGCCCCUAUCGGUUUCACAGGCCUGAUAAUGCUUCCUAUUCUGCCUGUUGUCCACACUUAGACUCCAAACCUUCCACUUUCUCUGCUCUUGUCCUUGACACAACAAAACAAUUGAUCCAACAUCAGUUUAUUAGACUUGGUUGCAUGCUUAUUAUGUAUCGUCAAUGUUUUAGUCAUUUGUGGCGAUGUUCUGAAUACAGAUUUUUUUUUAAACAUGGAGCAGUAAGGUGAUGUUAAGUAAGAUGUUAAACAGGAGCUAACAAGUCUACUUCAUGUUAAUAUAAGUACAAAAUCAACCGUUUUCUCUCAGCUUUAUAAUAAUAAUAAUAUGCCAUUUAGCAGACGCUUUUACCCAAAGUGACUUAUAGUCAUGCGUGCAUACAUUUUUGUGUAUGGGUGGUCCCGGGGAUUGAACCCACUACUUUGGCGUUACAAGCGCCGUGCUCUACCAGCUGAGCUACAGAGGACCACAGCUUUAGAAUACCUUUUAUGAUUAGACGGGGCCCUACGUUUCUACCAUGAACGUUAAUUGAGUGUAUAAUUUGUGGGCAUAUUAAGCUGUCCUUAGCCUGCGUGGAGGAACUGAGUUGGUUGGACAGAGAUAGGCAGACUAUUAGAGUAGCCUUCCAUCAGCAAGUUUAGCCCUGGGUCUGGAAUACUUCACUGGUGUUGGGAGUCAAAUUAUAACCCGAGGAUUUCUCUUAACUUCUUGGAAUAGAAAAGCUGCUGCUGUGACACCCCAUACGAGUCAAAUGGUUUAAUUCAAGACCCAUUGCCCCAUGACUCCUCAAAUGAACACAACAAACACAUUUCAUCUCCAACUUUCGCCAGGAAACAGCUGCGUACCUCUUUCUCUUUGAGUUUGACAUGUUUCCCCAUGUCCUUCUUCAGGAGUCACCUUUUAACUGUGUAAUUGUACAGGUGAAAACAAAGGAACACAUGGUUCCUCUUGUGAUAAUUGGGGAAUGUAUAACUUGAUGCAUAUUGUUACUGUUCAAACAUACAUGCAAUUAAUGAAAGUCACAAUAUUCUCACAAUGUUCUAAUGGAUGGAAACAGUUACAUUUCCAACUCCUUUUUUAACUGGUAAAUUCAAUAGCAUAGAUAGAGGAAAUAAGUAUCCAGUAUAUUCUCUCUCUCUCUUUCUCCUCUCUCUCUCUUUCUCCUCUCUCUCUUUCUCCUUCGCUAUCUCUAUCUUCCUCUCUCUAUACUUCUCCUCUAUACUCUCUCUCCUCUAUCUCUCUUCUACUCUCUUCUAUCUACUCUCUCUCUCUUUCUCUCCAUUCUCUCUCUCUCUCUACUCUCUCUCUCCUCUUUUUCUCCUCUUCUCUCUCUCUCUCUCUCUCUCUCUCUCUCUCUCUCUCUCUCUCUCUCUCUCUCUCUCUCUCUCUCUCCAGAGAAACAGUGCUGGCUCAGAGAACCCCAGUGAUGUGUUCCGCUACGUGGUGGAGGAGCGUGUGCAGUGCUGCCAGACGCAGAGGGUGCGUUACAACCAGAAGGUGGACUACCUGAUGCAGCUCCCGGUCCCCAUGGAGGCUGCCUCCAACAGAGGUAAGAUCCCACUGGCAGCUGGCCCUGCCCCGUGAGAACCAGCUCCUCUAUACAAUCACUAAACCCCAAUCACCUGAGUCUGAUGAAAACAACAGCGUUUCAGGAGGGUGUGUUAAAUAGCUUUGUGUGUGUGUGUGACAGAGGAGCUGAUAGUGUAUGAGGCGAAGCGAAGAGAGGCAGAGGAAAACAUGAGAGCCCCUCCAGAGCCUGUGAGGGCCCGGAUCCCCUUCACAGCGUGCCUGCAGGCCUUCACAGAGCCAGAGAACGUCCCCGACUUCUGGAGCUCAGCACUGCAGGCCAAGUCAGCUGGAGUCAAGUAAGCAAGGUCCUGGUCUAAGGCCUGGAAGAAAGAUCAAUACCACACACUAUUGAAUGCUCCCUCAGUUCAGCAGUGUGUGGGGAUCUUUCUUUCAUGCCUUUGCUUUUUGUAUCCUGCACCUGCAAGUUAUUUUGCGAUUUGAAAAGUCAUAGUCAAUCGAUCAAUAAUAGUUUCUACAGAUUGCUAUAUAUUAUUACUAUGAGAAUAGGAAGGUUCAGAACUUUUGUGAAACAUCACAGCACAGUGGAAAAAUAUAUGGCAGCUAGAAAUCAAACUGGAUGGUCUUCAGAGAUAUAUGGGAGGGGUUGAGGGUAGCUGAAGGAUGCGAUUUAAAAACAAACAAAAGAUAACUAAUGUAAAAUAUACUGUGUCCGUAAAAUGUAUAUACUAUGUAUAAGCUGGAAGUAAAAGUAUUGUUGUCCAUAAAAAAUAAAGUAGUUCAAUGCAAAUAUAUUGGUACAUAAUACAUUAACUAUAGGGGAAAUUUACCAUUUUAAGUUUUAAAUCUUGUAAAUGAGUGAAAGAUAUUUAUUCUUUUAAUUAAUGUUUCUGUAUUAUUGUCCUCUUUCCAGGACUUCCCGUUUCGCCUCCUUCCCAGAGUUUCUGGUAGUGCAGAUAAAGAAAUUCACAUUUGGGGUUGACUGGGUUCCAAAGAAAUUAGGUGAGUAAGAGAACUGAUGUCUCUCCACAAAUGGUUUGUCUUGUCUGCAUCCAUGAUUGUCACUAGUACCAAGAGGAUGCUGAUUUCUGUUCAACUUUUGUGUCUACCCACAUUGUGAAAUUAUAUUAAGGGAUUGAAUGGCCUAGAAUACUCUCUCUCUCUCCUUGUAUCGUAUUAUUAAGUAAGUUCUGUGGAUCCCCAGCAGAGGGCGUGGUCACACAGGGAUUCACUGAGGUCCACUGAGGAUGCAGACAGACAGUCUGGAUCCAAACUUGAACUGAAGACUGAUUUCAUUAAGUGAAACAGAACAAUUUAGUUUGAAAAAACGGUUAUCUACAGUCGUGGUCAAAAGUUUUGAGAAUGACACAAAUACUAAUUUUCACAAAGUCUGCUGCCUCAGUUUUGAUGAUGGCAAUUUACAUAUACUCCAGAAUGUCAUGAAGAGUGAUCAGAUGAAUUGCAAUAAAUUGCAAAGUCCCUCUUUGCCAUGAAAAUAAACGUAAUCCCCCCCAAAAAAAUGUCCACUGCAUUUCAGCCCUGCCACAAAAGGACCAGCUGCCAUCAUGUCAGUGAUUAUCUCAUUAACACAGGUGAGAGUGUUGACGAGGACAAGGCUGGAGAUCACUCUGUCAUGCUGAUUGAGUUAGAAUAACAGACUGGAAGAUUUAAAAGGAAGGUGGUGCUUGAAAUCAUUGUUCUUCCUCUGUUAACCAUGGCUACCUGCAAGGAAACACAUGCCCCGUCAUCAUUGCUUUGCACAAAAAGGGCUUCACAGGCAAGGAUAUUGCUGCUAGUAAGAUUGCACCUAAAUCAACCAUUUAUCGGAUCAUCAAGAACUUCAAGGACAGAGGUUCAAUUGUUGUGAAGAAGGCGUCAGGGCGACCAAGAAAUCCAGCAAGCGCCAGGACCGUCUCCUAAAGUUGAUUCAGCUGCGGGAUCGGGGCACCACUAGUGCAGAGCUUGCUCAGGAAUGGCAGCAGGCAGGGGUGAAUGCAUCUGUACGCACAGUGAGGCAAAGACUUUUGGAGGAUGGCCUGGUGUCAAGAAGGACAGCAAAGAAGCCACUUCUCUCCUGGAAAAACAUCAGGAACAGACUGAUAUUCUGCAACAGGUACAGGGAUUGGACUGCUGAGGACUGGGGUAAAGUCAUUUUCUCCCUUUCCGAAUGUUUGGGGCAUCCGGAAAAAAGCUUGUCCGGAGAAGACAAGGUGAGCGAUACCAUCAGUCCUGUGUUAUGCCAACAGUAAAGCAUCCUGAGACCAUUCAUGUGUGGGGUUACUUCUCAGCCAAGGGAGUGGGCUCACUCACACUUUUGCCUAAGAACACAGCCAUGAAUAAAGAAUGGUACCAACACAUCCUCCGAGAGGAACUUCUCCCAGCCAUCCAAGAACAGUUUGGUGACGACCAAUGCCUUUUCCAGCAUGAUGGAGCACCUUGCCAUAAGGCAAAAGUGAUAACUAAGUGGCUCGGGGAACAAAACAUCGAAAUGUUGGGUCCAUGGCCAGGAAACUCCCCAGACCUUAAUCCCAUUGAGAACUUGUGGUCGAUCCUCAAGAGGCGGGUGGACAAACAAAAACCCACAAAUUCAGACAAACUCCAAGCAUUGAUUAUGCAAGAAUGGGCUGCCAUCAGUCAGGAUGUGGUCCAGAAGUUAAUUGACAGCAUGCCAGGGUGGAUUGCAGAGGUCUUGAAAAAGAAAGGUCAACACUGCAAAUAUUGACUCUUUGCAUAAACUUAAUGUAAUUGUCAAUUAAAAGCCUUUGACACUUAUGGAAUGCUUGUAAUUAUACUUCAGUAUACCACAGUAACAUCUGACAAAAAAUAUCUCAUAACACUGAAGCAGCGAACUUUUGUGAAGACCAAUACUUGUGUCAUUCUCAAAACUUUUGACCACGACUGUAAGCUCUUGCUCUACCUGUGUUUUUAGGAUUGAGGAAGGUUAACUAUUUAUAAGCAAUGUUACUCUUGCAUCAUCAUCGUGCCAUUCAGACUUGUUUUUCUUUUUUCGUCUGGUUUUCAUCUUAGUCGACUGAAGUAAAAAACAAGUCUGGUUUCUUUGAGUUUCGUGGCUCUUGAUCUUGUGAUGUUCCCAUGUGUUUAAUAUGAAGCUGAGUGCUGUGGUGCAGGGCCACCUGUACAGGACAGAUAGGUAGGGGUUAAAGGCAUAUUCGAUGUUCUCUGAUACUGAUACGCUACAUCUUGUGUUUGGUACUGUGGCUCUAGUGGUGAACAUGAACGCUCUCAGUUUGAUCAUGUGUCAUCUGCUGGAAUCUUCAUGCCCAAGUCCUCUCUAGUCUGGUUUUCUCCUUUCCCAGUCCAUUCUAUAGCAGAAUCUCUGUGUCGCGUUUUAUAUGGACACACAACCAAAAACGUUUUGCAACAGAGAACUAAAAUGAGCAUUGAUUAUUGGACAAAUUCCGGUAGUCCCUCCCUGUUCGUCCGUUUUGUGCCUUAUGAGCACAACCCAGUUGUGUUUGACCUCUGACCUGCUGUUGUUCCACAGAUCUGUCCAUAGAUGUCCCAGACUUCCUGGACCUGUCUCGACUCCGGGGCACAGGGCUGCAGGCAGGAGAGGAAGAGCUCCCUGACAUCACCCCCCCCAUUGUCCUGCCUGAAGACACCAGAGGUAAGGGUCACUUUCAGGUGUGCCGGUUGGAAGCAGUGUUGACUUUCGGACCAAUGGUGUUGGUCUUAAAAGAAAGCUGGUGUUCGGGGCGAGCUAAAUCUGUCAUUUGUCUCACCAGCCACUUGGUGUCCUGGGAUGUUAACUAUCCAUUUUCCCCUCCUCUCUUCCCCCUAAGUGUGAGACUGUUUUGUAGUUGACAUGCUCAGUAUGCCCCUCUACUCCCUCCGUGAUCUUUAUCUCCAUUCUUCCUUCAGAGGCGGUUGUUUGGAUGGAUUUAGCAACUGUGCGCUGUUCAUAUUUUAGCAGGUACCAGGCACAUCGUGUGCCGCACAGUCCUAAACCCCAAAACACUUGAAAUGUGCUCCAGGCAAGGAAUCAAGAUCUCUAUAGUGCUUUGUUGACGCCAAUGGCUGUCUUGUAAAAGCUGCCUCAACCUUGUUAAAGACCUCUUAAGCUGACAGUCCCCGACAUCGGGCACUAGAAUUACUUACAAAAAAUAUGUGUAUGUUUACAUGUCGGAAGACAGCCAUCCAGACCUUCCUAGGACGAUGUCAACAUCCUCUGUCGAAUAAACGUGUAUUUGCCUCCCUCUGGUGGUCGGCUGCACCAUUACAUCCAUUUAUAUCACUUCAAUGCAAUGUUAUUUCAAAAGGGCGGUCCUUAGAAAAACAUCUAUCCAGCUUGACUGCUUCACGACACAGACAUGGCAAAGCAAUCGCUGAAUUGCUACUACAUUAAUAAAAUAUUGCCCUCUUGCUAGAUUGAUGACUAAAACCAUAGCGAAACAGUGCAAAAUGGCUCCGGCUUUAAAAGUUCAAACUAUUUCUAUUUCAGCAGAUGAGUAUAACCAAAAUAUAGUCUUCCCCCUACACAAAGUGUUGCUUUUUGGGGUAAUGCCCAAGGGGACGCUAGAGGUGUUUUCAUUGGAGUGAUUUCAUUCACUUUUAUGAGUCCUCGUCUUAUGGGCUUUUCCUGAAAACCUAACAAAGCAGUUGGAGAUUUGUUUUCUCUCAGAGUUGAAUAUCUUAUAUCCUAUCUUUUGAGGGAGGAGUCCGACCGCCCUACCUACAUAAUGUAAAUAGUGGUACACAAUGUUGUUUAUAAUGCUUUUGUGAUUUAUGUAGUCUUUGCCAGAGCUCCAAAAGUCCAAAUAUUAAACACCAACCCGUUGUCCCUGGGCCUGUAUCAAUAGAUAUUAAUUACAUUUCUGUCUCGGACAACGCCUGAGGACUUCCGAUUGAUUUGCGAGUUUCAAGUAAAUGUGUUUCUUUUUGCACCUUGAAAUGCAUCAUUUCCCAUCAAUUAGCUUUACGGAUUUAGCAUUGAUUUGCCAUUUGUUAAUAGAGAAAAUCCCCAGUACAAAGAAGUUUACCGCCUUGAGCCAUAAUAGUCAAUACUUGUUUUCAGUGGAACAACAUUUGUUAUUAAAACUGAAGUGUGACCUGAAUUGUAGGGAUGCUGUUUAGGUCCAUGUUAGAUUUUUUUUCCUAACCACAUAUUGAGAGAAUCCAUCUAAUAGGUCAGAUGCUGUAUCUACUACACUGUUGGAUUUAGCUAGUCAAAAAUACAUGUUUAUGUUGUUCCUUGAAAAUAAUCACUUCUUCUUCACUUUACUUUUCAGACAACUCGAUGAACUCCUCAGAUUGUAAGUAUUCCAUCCUGCCCCUAUAUAUACAGUAUCUAACCCAAAGCAAAGAUUUGCGACAAGGGAACAACUGUUAUUCUGAGUUCUGCAGUAAUGACAAUAUAAGGGAACAACUGUUAUUCUGAGUUCUGCAGUAAUGACAAUAUAAGCCUGACGAUGCAAACGACCCAACAGCUGAUGCAACCUCCUCGUAACUUUUUUUUUUUGGGGGGGGCAGGUUGUUUGUUAUUCGGCUGUUUUUGAUUAGUAAGCCCUGGGUAAGAUACAGUGGUUGUUUUUUUGCUUGUCCUCAGCCCCAGAUAUAGACGAGUCGUCGGCGAUGCAGCUGGCGGAGAUGGGCUUCCCUCUGGAGGCCUGUCGGAAGGCCGUUUACUACACAGGGAACAUGGGCCCUGAGAUGGCCUUCAACUGGAUCAUAGCCCACAUGGAGGAACCUGGUAAGAGCUAGGAGACCAUCACACACAGACAGACCGUACCACAUGGAUGUUAAUCUAGCCCGAUUUUCCCCAGCCUCUUCUGGGUUUGGUGGGGGGUGUACAGUAGUGCACGCACUAAAAACAUCACUGAAAUGACGUGUGUGUCAGAGCAGGAGACAGGCCAGUGUGCCAGAGUCCCCAGCCGCCUUUUGAGGGAGUGUUCGUGCGUGUGUGCAUUUGUGUGUGGGUACGUGCGUGUUAAGUCAGUGGGCCUGUGUGGCUGAGUUGUCAGGGAAUACUUUGUCACCCUGAGGCUCUGUCAUUUCAUUCUGGUUGCUGGCUACUGAAGGACUAAUAUAGUUGCAUAAUUCUCAAUGGGUAAUUCAUAACUACGUGCUGUAACUGUAUGUUGUUUUUGUUGCUUAUACGAAUGUAAAUAGAUUGUUUUAAUGUCCAAUACUAAAGCGCUCAGCUAAUUGUAAAUGAAUAGGUCACAAGACAAAAGGUCACAAGUUUUGGAAACUUAACAUACAGACAGUUGGAAGACAAAAAGUGUCCAUUUUAAUUCCUAGCAGGCAACGGUAAUGAAAGCUGUGGUGAUAGUUAACAGCAGGGUAAGUUGGGUAUAACCCUUUGUUUACCAACACCCACUCCUCGAGCGGUUCUACCUAUCACACCUCACUUCCUUUAUCUCUUCCUUCUCCUCGUUCGACAUGGAGCGAUAUUAUUGGACCAGGGAUGAACGCCAACAAGGCCUUCCAUUCUAAUUCUUGUCCAUUUACUACUCUGCCUGGUAUACUUAAUGUUGAUCAUGAAAGCAUAUUUUAGGAUUUGAUAGGUCGUUUUAAGCUUGUGAGGUCUUUAAAGGGGAGUUAAACCUUUGAUUUCUGAGAGAAAACUGACAACAAAAACCAUCAAUAAUAAUGAAUAAUAACAAUAAUAAUUGGUAUAAUCACCACUGGACCAAAAGGUUUUCCUCCCACCUCUGGGAAAUAAUCAUCCUGUGUGCAUGAAGAAUGCUUAUUUACCUAACAUUUUGUUUUGGAGCGGGUUGAAAAAUAUAUUUAAAAAAAGCUAUCCAUUACUUAAAUUCCUAUUUUCAUAUUUACUUCCUAAUGACACUUUUGUGUGAAUAGUUUGUCCCUUCCACAUUACAUUACGCCAAUUCCCAGCAAGCUGUCAAAAGAUGACUAAAUAGUUCCCUCCAGAUUUCUAUGAUGGGGUAAAUUAAUCUUCCUGCUACUAGUUAGGUUUCCCAUCCUAGGUGUGAAUGUAUCAUUACCAUGGGCCUGUCACAGCAACGACAACCUUUCCAAUUUCUCACAUAAACGAUACCUGAUUUAGCAAUCCUCAAAUCGUGAAAUACAGUGGGGAAAAAAAGUAUUUAGUCAGCCACCAAUUGUGCAAGUUCUCCCACUUAAAAAGAUGAGAGAGGCCUGUAAUUUUCAUCAUAGGUACACGUCAACUAUGACAGACAAAAUUAGAUUUUUUUUCUCCAGAAAAUCACAUUGUAGGAUUUUUUCUGAAUUUAUUUGCAAAUUAUGGUGGAAAAUAAGGUAUUUGGUCAAUAACAAAAGUUUCUCAAUACUUUGUUAUAUACCCUUUGUUGGCAAUGACACAGGUCAAACGUUUUCUGUAAGUCUUCACAAGGUUUUCACACACUGUUGCUGAUAUUUUGGCCCAUUCCUCCAUGCAGAUCUCCUCUAGAGCAGUGACGUUUUGGGGCUGUCGCUGGGCAACACGGACUUUCAACUCCCUCCAAAGAUUUUCUAUGGAGUUGAGAUCUGGAGACUGGCUAGGCCACUCCAGGACCUUGAAAUGCUUCUUACAAAGCCACUCCUUCGUUGCCCGGGCGGUGUGUUUGGGAUCAUUGUCAUGCUGAAAGACCCAGCCACGUUUCAUCUUCAAUGCCCUUGCUGAUGGAAGGAGGGUUUCACUCAAAAUCUCACGAUACAUGGCCCCAUUCAUUCUUUCCUUUACACGGAUCAGUCGUCCUGGUACCUUUGCAGAAAAACAGCCCCAAAGCAUGAUGUUUCCACCCCCAUGCUUCACAGUAGGUAUGGUGUUCUUUGGAUGCAACUCAGCAUUCUUUGUCCUCCAAACACGACGAGUUGAGUUUUUACCAAAAAGUUCUAUUUUGGUUUCAUCUGACCAUAUGACAUUCUCCCAAUCCUCUUCCGGAUCAUCCAAAUGCACUCUAGCAAACUUCAGAUGGGCCUGGACAUGUACUGGCUUAAGCAGGGGGACACGUCUUGCACUGCAGGAUUUGAGUCCCUGGCGGCGUAGUGUGUUACUGAUGGUAGGCUUUGUUACUUUGGUCCCAGCUCUCUGCAGGUAAUUCACUAGGUCCCCCCGUGUGGUUCUGGGAUUUUUGCUCACCGUUCUUGUGAUAAUUUUGACCCGACGGGGGGAGAUCUUGCGUGGAGCCCCAGAUCGAGGGAGAUUAUCAGUGGUCUUGUAUGUCUUCCAUUUCCUAAUAAUUGCUCCCACAGUUGAUUUCUUCAAACCAAGCUGCUUACCUAUUGCAGAUUCAGUCUUCCCAGCCUGGUGCAGGUCUACAAUUUUGUUUCUGGUGUCCUUUGAUAGCUCUUUGGUCUUGGCCAUAGUGGAGUUUGGAGUGUGACUGUUUGAGGUUGUGGACAGGUAUCUUUUAUACUGAUAACAAGUUCAAACAGGUGCCAUUAAUACAGGUAAUGAGUGGAGGACAGAGGAGCCUCUUAAAGAAGAAGGUACAGGUCUGUGAGAGCCAGAAAUCUUGCUUGUUUGUAGGUGACCAAAUACUUAUUUUCCACCAUAAUUUGCAAAUAAAUUCAUUAAAAAUCCUACAAUGUGAUUUUCUGGAUUUGUUUUUCUCAUUUUGUCUGUCAUAGUUGACGUGUACCUAUGAUGAAAAUGACAGGCCUCUCAUCUUUUUAAGUGGGAGAACUUGCACAAUUGGUGGCUGACUAAAUACUUUUUUCCCCCACUGUAUCACUGUUCAAGUAAAUAACAAGUUAUCCAUUGGUAAACGAAGGGUUACCUUAAGACAGAAAAACACAGCAUUCAGUGCAUGUUUUUUCAGGCUUCAUUACUUGUAUGUGCGUAGCGGUGUCCAUUGUUCUGCUAAUUGACAUGCUUCUGUUUUUGAAGAAAUUCUAAAUAAAUAUGCUUUCCACAGGAACAUGCCAGAGACAUAUUUGCAUGACACAAUCGUUUUCCUUCAAAUAUUUGGUUUUCCUUCAAAUAUUUGAAAUAUUGAGUGUUUUAUGCACACAUGUUUGUGUGUUUGUUUUAAUAACAGCCUAUUUAUGUGUAUGUGUUUGAGCACACACAGUCAACUUGCACAGGUGUGUAACAACUAUGUAAAUUAAUUGGGCCCCAACUGGUUCAAACUAGGGUAUAAAAUGUUUAUAGAGAACUGACGUCUUUCAAAGACUGUUGUAUUGUAACUUUUUUAAAGCUGCCACCUGUUUUAUUUGAUUCCCUCCUAAAUCCUUAACUGCUCUUGUGGAAUUGCUUUUUAAUAUGCAUGAUGCAUCAGCCAGCCUAGUGGCACCCUCCCUGACAUUAUUAUAAACUCAGUAUUAAUGUUCUCCGAGAUUUACUGUGGCAGUCGUUUUCUGACUGUAAAUUAUCCACCUGUCUUUUUCUGUACCCUGUAUUAUUUCUGUUAUAAUCAUAUCAACAGUCCUUUUAACUGAUCGUCCAGUGUGCUCUUCCUGAUUUUGACCUUUGACCUUAUUAUGAACAUAGAUUAUGUAUUAUAUUGACAAGAUAGUUGAGUGAACGCUCUAACAAUGGAAAUACAUGUCCUGGGUGGCACAGCGGUCAAAAGCACUGUGCUGCCGUGCAGAGGUGCCACUACAGCCUGGGCUUCGAUCACAACCGGCCGUGAUCGGGAGGGUUUGGCUGGUGGGGCUUUCCUUGGCUCAUCAUGCUCUUGUGACAGGGCUGGGCGCCUGCAAGCUGACUCCGGUCGUCAGUCGAACAGUGUUUCAUCCGACACAUUGGUGCGGCUGACAUCCGGGUCAAGCGAGCAGUGUGAUAAGAAGUAGGCAGCCAGGCGGGUCAUGUUUCAGAGGACGCAUGACUCGACCUUCGCCUCUCCCGAGCCCAUUGAGGAGUUACAGAGAUGAGCCAAGGGACCUAAUUAAAAAAAUAAUAAUGCUUGUGGCCAUACCACCCUUAAUACGCCUGUUCAGGGUCGGGCCUGGUUAGCACUGGGACGGGAGACCGCCUGGGAAUACCAGGUGCCAUAAGCAAAACAAGGAAAUACAUGUCCUCAAAGAUGGAAGGUCGGGCGGAAGGAGGCGAGAUCAGAUAGGAUCAUUCUAGCCAAUGAGAGGGCAGAUACGCCUGUGAACAACAGGCACAACUUCGAUAUGUAGUCGUUUUUAAUUAAGUUCCGAAAUGCCACGUAAGUCCACUUAUAUAAAUGUAUUCGUAACAACCUAACUAUUAUGAAAUGUAUAUUCGAUCAAAUAAGCCUAACAUACCAAAUUAGCAAUUACAUAUAUUUUGACCAAAUCCGACACUCUCAUUGACCUCCAUACAAAAGUCCCUCACUCGUGGACUUAUUUUCGUGGACAGAUUUUGGGCAGAGUAAAACCUCUUCCUCUUUGUUACGAACCAUAUUUAUAUUAGAUCUCACUCUCUCAUUAUCCUCUCUCUCUCUCUCUCUCUCUCUCUCUCUCUCUCUCUCUCUCUCUCUCUCUCUCUCUCUCUCUCUCUCUCUCUCUCUCUCUCUCUCCUUCCUCUUCUCCAGACUUUGCUGAGCCCCUGGCCCUACCCUCCUUCAUGGAGCCAGGCCCCUCCGUGGCCAGCCUGGGCCUGUCAGCCACCCCCCUGGACAACCAUCCUCCAGAGGAGAGCAUCGCCAUCCUCACGUCCAUGGGCUUCCCCCGCCGUCACACCGUCCAGGCCCUCAAAGCCACGGUCAGUGCCUCUCUUUCUUCUCCCACUGCUCACACACUCACUCUGGUGAAAACCACACAAACAUAUUGUCCAGGACGCAUUCAAUAGGCGGUAGUGCUUUGGUCGUUUUUUAAUGAAGCUUGUUCAAAUGUGAGUUGGUAUAAUGCAGAGGUGUAUGUACUGUAUUCAGGAGCGUGGACAAUAAACAGUAUCAAAAGAUGUCAAAAAUGGAAAGGGAGACCUUUAUCAUGUUUUAAGUAGGUUAAUUUCCCAAAAAAGUUUUAACCAAUAUGUUCUAUUUCUCCGUCUGAUCUUGGGCUUGCUAUUUCUAUUUUGGACACAUCAUGGCCAGACAUAGUGCCAUUGAUAUGCAGUAGGAAGAAUGGGGUUGCUUUCUAUAGUGCCGAACCGUGCUGGAGUCAGGAGAACCUGAGAAUCCUGCCCCCUGAGCUAUAAACAACUUGGCUGGCCAUUUUAAUAACCCCUUCAUGUCCUUAGUGUCUCGAGAUCCCUGUUCUACGUUCUGUUUACAAAUAGAGCAAUGAGCCUAGCUAUGCACUUUCAGCUUUUCAGUUCUAUGAGUCAGAUCGGUGCAUGUCAUACGUGCAACUAUAGCACAGUCAUUUUUAUGCGUUUGCUUGUGUGUUCCUAAAAUGUACCUUUACAAUUAAGCUAGGAAACAACUCAUUUAUUCAAUUACGUUAUGAAUUGUAUAACACCACGAUAUAUAAAAGUAGAAUUCCAUUAUAGUGGCUCAUAUUUUAUGAUGAUCUCGGGUUUCUUUUGUCACCUGCCCUAUCAGCAUAAAACAGACUGAUUUCCUGGUUUACCGUUUCUAACAACCCCAAACCCCAUAAAAAAGCCCAGGGUCCUCGUGAGUGGAGUAGGGGUGUGAAACAGCAGAAUGUAUUUUUAAUAAUAUCCCAGUGAACAGAGAGUGAGCAUGCAGGAAGUGUGCAACCUCACUGGCCUGCCUGUCUUUCUGUCUGUCUACCUGCCUGCCUGUCUGUCUGCCUGCCUGCCUGCCUACCUGCCUGCCUGUCUGUCUGUCUGUCUGUCUGUCUGUCUGUCUGCCUGUCUGUCCUGUCUGUCUGUCUGGUCUGUCUGUCUGUCCUGUCUGUCUGUCUGUCUGUCUGUCUGCCUGUCUGCCUGUCUGCCUGUCUGUCUGUCUGUCUGUCUGUCUGUCUGUCUGUCUGUCUGCCUGCCUGCCUGCCUGUCUGUCUGUCUGUCUGUCUGUCUGUCUGUCUGCCUGCCUGCCUGCCUGCCUGCCUGUCUUUCUGGUCUGCCUGUCUGUCUGUCUGUCCUGCCUGCCUGUCUGUCGUCCUUGCCUGCCUGCCUGCCUGCCUGCCUCCUGCCUGCCUGCCUGCCUGCCUGCUGCUGCCUGCCUGCCUGCCUGCUGCCUGCCUGCCUGCCUGCCUGCCUGCCUGCCUGCCUGCCUGCUCCUGCCUGCCUGCCUGCCUGCCUGCUGCCUGCUGCCUGCCUGCCUGCCUGCCUGCCUGCCUGCCUGCCUGCCGCCUCCUGCCUGCCUGCCUCUGCCUGCCUGCCUGCCUGCCGCCUGCUGCCUGCCUGCCUGCCUGCCUGCCUGCCUGCCUGCCUGCCUGCCUGCCUGCCUGCCUGCCUGCCUGCCUGCCUGCCUGCCUGCCUGCCUGCCUGCCUGCCUGCCUGCCUGCCUGCCUGUCUGCCUGGGUAUGGCCAGAAAAAGCAGGCUGCAUGAGAUCAUUCUCCCCCAUGUGCUCUCGGCACUGGCGUCUGUGGUGAAUGAAUCAGACCUCUAUUUCGGAUUAAAGGCUGAGGCUAAUUGAGGGAAUUGACCAUACAUGGAGAAAGAAAGUGAUGUUGGAUAAAAAAUUUUUGAUGUCACCAAUCCUGUUACAUUUUGGUUUUGACGCUGUCAAUCCUGUUACACACUGGUGACAAUUGUCCAUCUUAUGAGACCUCUGAGUUUGAGAGAAGACUGAGGGGAGACAGGAAAACAUGACAUCUGUUGUUUCAGAACAACAACUUGGAGAGGGCUCUGGACUGGAUCUUCACCCACCCGGAGAGGGAGGAGGAAGAGACUAGUGACGACUUGUCGGACAUGGCCGACACCACGGAGCCCGACGACAACACCUUCUCCAACGCCAACACCAACAGCCACUCCACACUGUCCCCAGACCAGGACGGCUCGGGCCCCCGAAUCAAAGACGGACCCGGACGUGAGUGACUCCGCAUGACCUCUGUCCUCAGACACUGAUCUAGGGUCAGAUCCACCCUCCCCAGUCCUAUCCCUAACCAUUAUCUAAGAUCCACCCUCCCCAGUCCUAUCCAUAACCAUUAUCUAAGAUCCACCCUCCCCAGUCCUAUCCAUAACCAUUAUCUAAGAUCCACCCUCCCCAGUCCUAUCCAUAACCAUUAUCUAAGAUCAGCUCCUCCCCAGUCCUAUCCAUAACCAUUAUCUAAGAUCCACCCUCCCCAGUCCUAUCCAUAACCAUUAUCUAAGAUCCACCCUCCCCAGUCCUAUCCAUAACCAUUAUCUAAGAUCCACCCUCCCCAGUCCUAUCCAUAACCAUUAUCUAAGAUCCACCCUCCCCAGUCCUAUCCCUAACCAUUAUCUAAGAUCCACCCUCCCCAGUCCUAUCCCUAACCAUUAUCUAAGAUCCACCCUCCCCAGUCCUAUCCCUAACCAUUAUCUAAGAUCCACCCUCCCCAGUCCUAUCCCUAACCAUUAUCUAAGAUCCACCCUCCCCAGUCCUAUCCCUAACCAUUAUCUAAGAUCCACCCUCCCCAGUCCUAUCCCUAACCAUUAUCUAAGAUCCACCCUCCCCAGUCCUAUCCCUAACCAUUAUCUAAGAUCCACCCUCCCCAGUCCUAUCCCUAACCAUUAUCUAAGAUCCACCCUCCCCAGUCCUAUCCCUAACCAUUAUCUAAGAUCCACCCUCCCCAGUCCUAUCCAUAACCAUUAUCUAAGAUCCACCCUCCCCAGUCCUAUCCAUAACCAUUAUCUAAGAUCCACCCUCCCCAGUCCUAUCCAUAACCAUUAUCUAAGAUCCACCCUCCCCAGUCCUAUCCCUAACCAUUAUCUAAGAUCCACCCUCCCCAGUCCUAUCCCUAACCAUUAUCUAAGAUCCACCCUCCCCAGUCCUAUCCCUAACCAUUAUCUAAGAUCCACCCUCCCCAGUCCUAUCCCUAACCAUUAUCUAAGAUCCACCCUCCCCAGUCCUAUCCAUAACCAUUAUCUAAGAUCCACCCUCCCCAGUCCUAUCCAUAACCAUUAUCUAAGAUCCACCCUCCCCAGUCCUAUCCCUAACCAUUAUCUAAGAUCCACCCUCCCCAGUCCUAUCCCUAACCAUUAUCUAAGAUCCACCCUCCCCAGUCCUAUCCCUAACCAUUAUCUAAGAUCCACCCUCCCCAGUCCUAUCCCUAACCAUUAUCUAAGAUCCACCCUCCCCAGUCCUAUCCCUAACCAUUAUCUAAGAUCCACCCUCCCCAGUCCUAUCCCUAACCAUUAUCUAAGAUCCACCCUCCCCAGUCCUAUCCAUAACUAUUAUCUAAGAUCCACCCUCCCCAGUCCUAUCCAUAACCAUUAUCUAAGAUCCACCCUCCCCAGUCCUAUCCAUAACCAUUAUCUAAGAUCCACCCUCCCCAGUCCUAUCCAUAACCAUUAUCUAAGAUCCACCCUCCCCAGUCCUAUCCCUAACCAUUAUCUAAGAUCCACCCUCCCCAGUCCUAUCCCUAACCAUUAUCUAAGAUCCACCCUCCCCAGUCCUAUCCCUAACCAUUAUCUAAGAUCCACCCUCCCCAGUCCUAUCCAUAACCAUUAUCUAAGAUCCACCCUCCCCAGUCCUAUCCCUAACCAUUAUCUAAGAUCCACCCUCCCCAGUCCUAUCCCUAACCAUUAUCUAAGAUCCACCCUCCCCAGUCCUAUCCCUAACCAUUAUCUAAGAUCCACCCUCCCCAGUCCUAUCCCUAACCAUUAUCUAAGAUCCACCCUCCCCAGUCCUAUCCCUAACCAUUAUCUAAGAUCCACCCUCCCCAGUCCUAUCCAUAACCAUUAUGUAAGAUCAGCUCCUCCCUCCCCAGUUCAGCUCCUCCCUCCCCAGAUCAGCUCCGCCCUCCCCAGAUCAGCUCCGCCCUCCCCAGAUCAGCUCCGCCCUCCCCAGAUCAGCUCCUCCCUCCCCAGAUCAGCUCCGCCCUCCCCAGAUCAGCUCCUCCCUCCCCAGAUCAGCUCCACCCCCUCCAGUCCUAUCCAUAACCAUUAUGAGCAAAAUGACAAAAGGAGAAGAAUUCCACACAUACAGAUGUAGCAGAGGAGCUGGAUCUAAAAUAUAUUUUGCUGCUUUGAAUAGAAAACAAAUGUUCUCUCACUGCUUGCUGCACUAAAAUGAUGGAACACCUGCUGUUUGUAGGUACAUUUUGAACAAAAUCUGCCUUUCACCAAUUGUGAAGGGCUACACUUCCGCUUCCAUUCUAACACCAUUCUGUAAAAGGAAGGUAGCGCACUGUUUUUAGUCACAUUUUUGGUUUACGAUUUUAAUUCAACUGAACAUGUAAAUUCAUAGCAUGUUUGAGGAGACUCCUGCUAUUCAGGAUCUCAGAAUAUUUGAUUUUGAACUCACAAAUAGAAAUCAUGGACCUGUCUCUCUCCAAGUACCCUAUGAAUGCUUUCAAGGUAAGAAAGACAUCCCUUAACACUAGAGAUAGGAUCAGAUGAGGAUUAAAAGACAUCCAUAGCACUAGAGAUAGGAUCAGAUGAGGAUUAAAAGACAUCCAUAGCACUAGAGAUAGGAUCAGAUGAGGAUUAAAAGACAUCCAUAGCACUAGAGAUAGGAUCAGAUGAGGAUUAAAAGACAUCCCUUAACACUAGAGAUAGGAUCAGAUGAGGAUUAAAAGACAUCCAUAGCACUAGAGAUAGGAUCAGAUGAGGAUUAAAAGACAUCCAUAGCACUAGAGAUAGGAUCAGAUGAGGAUUAAAAGACAUCCAUAGCACUAGAGAUAGGAUCAGAUGAGGAUUAAAAGACAUCCAUAGCACUAGAGAUAGGAUCAGAUGAGGAUUAAAAGACAUCCAUAGCACUAGAGAUAGGAUCAGAUGAGGAUUAAAAUACAUCCAUAGCACUAGAGAUAGGAUCAGAUGAGGAUUAAAAGACAUCCAUAGCACUAGAGAUAGGAUCAGAUGAGGAUUAAAAUACAUCCAUAGCACUAGAGAUAGGAUCAGAUGAGGAUUAAAAGACAUCCCUUAACACUAGAGAUAGGAUCAGAUGAGGAUUAAAAGACAUCCAUAGCACUAGAGAUAGGAUCAGAUGAGGAUUAAAAGACAUCCAUAGCACUAGAGAUAGGAUUAGAUGAGGAUUAAAAGACAUCCAUAGCACUAGAGAUAGGAUCAGAUGAGGAUUAAAAGACAUCCAUAGCACUAGAGAUAGGAUCAGAUGGGAUUAAAAAUACAUCCAUAGCCACUAGAGAUAGGAUCAGAUGAGGAUUAAAAGACAUCCAUAGCACUAGAGAUAGGAUCAGAUGAGGAUUAAAAGACAUCCAUAGCACUAGAGAUAGGAUCAGAUGAGGAUUAAAAGACAUCCCUUAACAUAGAGAUAGGAUCAGAUGAGGAUUAAAAGACAUCCAUAGCACUAGAGAUAGGAUCAGAUGAGGAUUAAAAGACAUCCAUAGCACUAGAGAUAGGAUCAGAUGAGGAUUAAAAGACAUCCAUAGCACUAGAGAUAGGAUCAGAUGAGGAUUAAAAGACAUCCAUAGCACUAGAGAUAGGAUUAGAUAGUUGCUGAAAGUGAUAGUUGUGUCUUAUGAGCCGGUUUUACAAGCUUGUCCUUAUGGCUAUAUUGUAGGCUAAAUGCAUCUGUUCUGUUGACAAGGGAGUUGUAGUUUUGCGUAAUGAUUGGUUUGACUUCCUGUUUUGCAGGUUACGAGCUUUUUGCUUUCAUCAGCCACAUGGGAGCGUCCACGAUGUCUGGUCACUAUGUAUGUCAUAUCAAAAAGGAAGGAAGGUAAGUCCGUCACAAUUUACAUACUCUCCAUUGAUCUCUGCUAGAUGAUUAAACCACAAUCUCUUUCACAAUGAAGGAUUUCAAAUGAAUGAUAUAAACAGACUGUUUCCCGACCUAGCCCUUUGGGACCACCAGCUGUUGCACUGCACAUAAUAUUUGAGCUAUUCCAACACUAGCGCUCCUGAUUCAACUAAUCAAGGGCAUGAUCAUUAGUUGACGAGUUGAAUCAGGUUUGCUAGAUUUGGAGUCAAUCAAGUAUUAUCUUUGAUCGCGACUAGUGGUCCUCACAGACCAGAUUGGGAAACACUGUCCUAAGAGACUGAUUUAGAUCAUUUUGUAAUCAGUAGUACAAUGUGGCAUUUAGAAAUCAAGACGAAACUAAAUGUAUAGAUGAGGUUUUAACACAAUGCGUUACCUAUGCUAUAUCCCCCCCCCCCCCCCCCCCCCUCCCACGUCAGAUGGGUGAUCUUCAACGACCACAAAGUGUGCUUGUCAGAAAGACCUCCAAAAGACUUGGGCUACAUCUACUUUUACCGUCGGCUGUCUAGCUGCUAGACCUAGGCCCCCUCCCUCCUCCCCACCAUCC